AUGCAGGUAGUCAGAAUUUUGCUUACACCCCAAAAUUUGUCAAUGGAAACCCAUAAUACAGGGCAUUGUCAUGCAGGUCAGGAUGAGAUCAAUCAGGAACCAGCACGGCAAAGGAUAAAUAAAUACUUGAGCAACUCCAUGUCACUUCAGGGUAGCAAUCAAGCAGCAGGAAAUUUGGCAUAUCCAUGCCUCAACGAGAAGCACAAAGGCCACUGUGUACCAUCAUAUUACACUUACGAGGCACACACUCUACAAGAAAACAAUUUGCAACAAAUUACAAACAUUUUAAAUGUUUUGCCACUUGCUGCUUAUUCUCCAGAUUUGUGUCAUCUUCAUCAGAAAGGAGAAGCAGUGGGAAAUUUAUGUCAACCAUUGUGCAUUGAUAAGAAAAUUCACUCUUUCACAUGCCAUGCCUUUCACGCUGGGAAAGAAGCAGUUUUUUCUGCUAAUUGGGAAGGUACACACCUGGUUUUCAAAGCCUCCCGGAGAGUUUGGGCAAAUCAUUUAGAUCCAGUUUAUUGGGUAGAUAAAGAAGGAAGACAACACUUUCCUUCUGAAGCAGAUUUCAAUAAUAUGAUUCGUGACAUUGUAGCUUCUAAGCUGAACUAUUCAAUAUCCAAUGAUCAGCUUAAAAGGCUUUCUCGCCUAGGAUUCUCCAAGGCUAAGGAAGGCUCACCACAACGACAAGUUGAAAUGCAGAAUUUAUGGGUACUACUUCAAGACAAUGAAUAUUUAUGUUCAUUACUCUACUCCGAUAUAGAUGUUUUCCCCCAGUUAUUGGGGACUUGCGGUGGAUUCUUUGCUGUUGAAUAUCUGGAGCCUGUACAUGGAGGUUCAAACAUCCUAUCGAUAUCAGAUGGUAAUGAAGAAUGGCCAUCAAGGGUUAAACUGGCAAUGCUCAUGAUGGAACUUCUUAGCGAAUUAGAGACUAACCUUCCGGAGCCAUUCCAUUUGUGUGAUAUGAAAAUGAGUCAUUUCGGUUUGGUUAAAGGUACACAGAGACUAAAAUUUCUUGAUCUUGACUCUGCAGUGCCAAGGACAGUAGCAAGCAAAGCAACAGCUGAUGGAAGGCACUGCACAAAGCAUGAGGAAUGUGACUUUUUUGACUGUCGUUCCCUCUGCAAUGAUAAGACUAAGAAAUGUGACUUGCCAGUUACAAAUGAUAAUUAUCAAGUGGUUUGUGAAAAAAUCUUUCUUGGAUGGACAUUAUCUGGUACUGUUAUAAUUCCAGGUCUAUUAAUUUCGCCACAUACACCUUCCUCAUUAGCUUCCCUUCUUCGCCAUUGUGCCCACCCCAAUAACAGUCCUCGACAAUUUGUGCCAGAUGAUUUGAAAAUGAAAGGCAAUACAUUACAAGAUGUUGAAAGUCACACCGUAAAAAAGAAAAGAAAGACGAGAACAGACAACCACCGGAAAACAAGACGACAGAAAGAGACAAGACCAAGCUUAACGGAGAGAGAAAAAAGAGAGAAGAAAGACACCCAGGACGAUGCCGCCCCGACAACGAAAGACACAAGAGACCCCAACCGGAACCGGAGAGAGAGAAAGAAGAAACGGAGAGAAAAAGGAGAAGGGGGAGAGGAAACGAAGGACGAGAGAAAGAAAGAAAGCCCAAGCAGCCACACCUACGCCUACGAACGAAGGCACGACGCCCCAGCCACGGCCGACCGGCACCUGCAGCCACGACGCGAACGCACCAGAGCGGGAAUCAAAAAUGCAAAAGACCCAGAGAGACAAUACAAACACCACAGGAGCAGCUUGACAGAAAAUAAGCAAAGACGCACGAAUAGACGAAGACCAGACAGAACCCGCCCUUGA